AUGUGCGAGGUUUCGAGAACCUGGACGCAGAACGCUUGUAAGUUCUUGGCAAUCUUAUGGUGGGCCAGGGGGGCCGAUGUGGACGAUUUGGACGGGCCCGGUUCCGUCAUCUCAGUGGUAGGCGGUGGCUUUUCGAAGGUCGCGGCGAUCUGUUGGUUUUUCUGGUUCAUCUGCAAUCUCGGUUCUGGAAUGGAGGUUCCCACGUUUUCUUCGCCACCUUGGCUGAAUUCUUUGGGUGAUGCACCACCUAGCCACGGGCUGAGCCGAACUUGGGCCCAUGGAACCAAUGUUUAUUUGGGUCGACUUCAUCUCAAGAGUUGGGGGGUUAGAGACAAUAGCACCACAGGGCUCCCACUUUGGUUGUGGGCACUCGAUCUCGAUGAGUCGGUCGGAGUUGUUGUAGAUGCAAUGGUGCCCAUUCCGUGGCCUGAUCAUGUGCGAUCAUCUUCCGUCUCAUUCAAGGCUUGUUCUUCACCCAGGGAUGGCGAUGAAGCAUCAUCAUACGGAGCGGUCAAGCAGGGGCAUUCCAUGAAGAAAACGCACCUCCACGACCCGUUGUGUCCAGUCUCCAUGCUCCUACGGGUGGAGACGUGGAGGUUGUGCUGCGUUGCGUCGACUGGACGAGGGAUACGUCCAUGCAACAUGACGUUGGGCGUGAUCAGCGGCUACGAGAGACUCCCGCAAGGAGAGCCACAAAAGAGAAUCCAGCCCAGCGACUUCUGGCGAGGGCGACUUGACUGGGCCACGCUCAGCACCGUCUGCAUUCUGGCCGCCGCUCUGCACAGUACACCGAGUGGUCCGUCACUUUGGUCAGUAAAGUAG